AGUUAUCUUCUUUAUUUUCAUUUCUCACACAAGAGAGGGAGGCAGAGAGAAUCAUAGACUCAUAAGGGAUUGUCACUGCCUUUGUAUUUUCCUAGCACAGAGAAGGGAGUGUGUGUGGGUGUGGGGGGUGUUUUUGAUGGGUAAUUACAGGUUCAAGUUGUCAGAUAUGAUGCCUAAUGCCUGGUUUUACAAACUCAAAGACAUGGGCAAAGGUAGAAACCACAAUACCCCUACUACAAAGAAGAAAAAACAACCAACAUCAUCUUCAGCAACACAAUCCUCAAAACCAAAGCAACCCCACCAAUACAUCCCUAGAAAAUCCUACUACUUCACAAGGGACCUUAUCCCAACUGAUCAUAGACUCUAUAACUCUCCUAUAACUAACCCAAAACCAAAAGCCUCUGACAACCAUUUCCAUGACCCACCAAGGAAAUCUUCCAAACAAAGAGUCAAGAAAAGAACUUUGAGGUCUUCUUCACCUAAGCUUGUCACUUCCUCUGUCUCUGCUGGUUGUAACUGUGGUUCCACGCUUGACUCAAUGUGGACCAGAUCAGAUUCUCCACCUGCGUACUCUUCUUCUUCUUCGCCUUUUGAUACCUCACCUGAGACUGAAUUUCACGAGCCUGAAUUCAGGUCUGACCGUAUUCUUGCUACUGAGUCAUUGGUGUCAUGGUCAAGAUCUUGUGCCUGCAAUGUUAAUUCUAAUGCUAAUGACAUUGUUUUCAACGUGGAUGAUAAGUCUUUGCCUAGUAAAUUCGGAAAGCUAGAUGGGUUUGAUUCCUUAUCCGAGCUUGAACUUGCUCCUAUCAUAACCAAGCCAGCUAAAUUCAAUGAUAUAGAGAAGAAGGAAGAGCCAACAAAGUAUAGGAGCAGCGCAGCUAAAUUUGAAGAAAGAAAUGCACACGGGUCUUUAUCGGUAAAGGUCGUGAAGGAAGAGAGACUUACAACGAAAGAGCAGAGAAAUAGUCCUGUAAAAAGAUUGUCUUUGAAUUCUCCAGGAGGAGUCAGGCUUAGAAUGAAUAAUUCUCCAAGAAUCGCAAGUAAGAAAAUUCAAGCACUCAAUCGUAAAAGUGUGUCAUCAACCUCAAGUUCAAGCUCAAGGAGGAGUCUUUCAGAUAGCUUUGCUGUAGUGAAGUCUUCCUUUGAUCCUCAGAGAGAUUUCAGGAAUUCAAUGGUGGAGAUGAUUGUGGAAAACAACAUCAGGGCUUCAAAGGACCUUGAAGACCUUCUUGCUUGUUAUCUUUCUUUGAAUUCAGAUCAAUACCAUGAGCUUAUUAUCAAGGUGUUCAAGCAAAUCUGGUUUGAUCUGACUGACAUCCAAUUGAAGUAAUUUUCUUUGUCUUAAAAAGACUUUUCGUUACAUAUAGUAUUCUAAUAAAAGUUUUAGUUCUUAGUUGA